AUGAACGCGACCUUCCUGAACCACAGCGGCCUGGAGGCGGCGGGCGGCUUGGGCGGCAGUGGCGGGGCCGCCCUGGGGAACCGCAGCCACGGGCUGGGCACGUGGCUGGGCUGCUGCCCUGGGGGCGCGCCGCUGGCCGCCAGCGACAGGGUCCCCGCGGGGCUGGCGCCCGACGAGCGCAGCCUGUGGGUGUCGCGCGUGGCGCAGAUCGCUGUGCUCUGCGUGCUGUCGCUCACCGUGGUCUUCGGCGUGUUCUUCCUGGGCUGCAACCUGCUCAUCAAGUCGGAGAGCCUGAUCAACUUUCUGGUGCAGGAGCGCCGGCCCUCCAGGGACGUGGGCGCCGCCAUCCUGGCGCUGUACUGA